GCUGUGGAGAUUGGAGGGUAUUUGCACGAAUGCGGCUGCAUGAAAGCAGUUGACAAGAAGCUUGAUUCAGAUCCAGUUGGCAACCAUCGUUUCCUUCAACAAAGGGAAAACCUCGUGAAACAAAAGAUGGAGAACCCAGCCUUGAAGAUGACCAAGAGUCUGCGAGAAUCUAUCAAUGUUGAAGAGGAGGUGGUGACUGGUUUGAAGGGACCAAAGAAACGUUUUCUGGAACUAAGUGCAUAUGAACGAAAAUUUGGUCCAGCUCCUGAAGAUCAAAUCAAGCAGCAAGUCUACAAUGGUCAAACUUUGCUUGGUGUAGAUGUGAUAGACGAAGAUGAUGUGGGUGUCUAUGAGUACAUUGACCAAAACAUCACCAAAGUGGCUCGUGUUGAUGAAGGCGACCAAACAGAAUCCAAAAGAAGCAAAGAUGAUCAAGCAGUGAUUGAUGGCUAUAUAGCGCAAUUGAUUCCGUUGCUGAAACUGGAUGCAGAAAAGUCAGAUGACAGUGGUUUUGCACCUUGGCAGAAGGACAAAACCAAGAACUUGAAUGAGCUGAAAUCAUCCAUUCUUACCAAGAAGAAGAGUUUGAAGAGAAGAACCGCAGCAGAUGCCAGUGCUUUGACUGAUGAGUUAGACAAAAUCGUUGCUGAUGUCAACGCACAUAUAGGCCUUCUGAAGCAGCUUUCACUCGGGACAUUAGAGGGUAGCAACACCUACGACAACAUCAAGUGCCUUGUCAAAGAGAAGGGUGAUGACAUCAUUCAGGCUUUACAUGACGCCUUGUCCAACAACGAUGAUCUACUGGAUGGCAGUUGUGAAGACAACAUGAAUGUUUCACUUGCAAUAUUGAAUGUCAUGGACUUGCGUACGCCACCAUCGCAAGUGAACAAUGCAGUGCAGCUCUUGAACAGCUCGAGCCAUUGGUUGGCUAGUGCUUUCAAGCUGGACAAAGGAAAGCGUAUGACACAAUUGGCCUUGGAAAAUGCUGCCAACAGGGAGAAUCAAAAUGGUAUCCUUGAAAAGAUCGGGGAACACACCUCUGCAUUGGAGGAACAGGCUAUCACUGAUGAGAAUGAUCUAUCUGGCGAUCCUUUGGGAGCUGCCUAUGGCAAGUUGCUUUCAGAUGCAUUGGAAGCUACACAAGACAAGGCAGCAAAGCUCUUGAAGGGAGUCGACAAAGACGCUGUGAAAACUCUUGCGGUGUUGGUUGACGACUCUGUGCAUGUGGCACUGAUUGGCUGUAUCACUGCAGACUUGUUGCCGUACCUGAUCAAACUCAAAGAGUCCAUUCCAGAAGCAACGCCAGUUGAUCCACAAGUGCUGCUGCAGGAUGCCUGUAUCUUUUCUUUGCCAUCAAAAGACCAUGCCUACCACAAGCUCGUUUCGACAUUGCGAGACACAUUCACCAAGUUGACAUCGCUUGCCGGCGUCAUCAACAAUGCAUUGAGCAAGAAGGUGGAUGUUCGUGAUGCUCAAUCUUGCAUGGAAGAGUUCGAAUCAUGGUGGACUUCACUCAGAACAUUUUGCAAGGAAUCAUUUGAGAACAGCGAUGGCAUGCUGUCUGACCUUCAGGAACUGAAUGAUCCAUUGCUUGAUGCAGUCAAGCAACUCCUCUGCGGACAAGUUGAUUCAGAGGCUUCAACAUGCAUCAAGCACUGUAUGAACAUAGUGUCCGAUCAUUUGCUUUCAUCUGAGACCAAGAAGCCUUUGGAUCAGUCAUCUCUGGAUAGCUUCAAGAAGAAUCUGGAGGACUCCAUGCGUUUAUCAAGUGUCAUGGGAGACCGUGGUGUUGCAGUCCGAGUUGGUUUGCAUGUUCUUGACAUCAUGGUAUCCAGCUACCAAUGCCUGAGCAACCCAGAUGUCAUGAGGUUCCACAACAAAGCACCUAUUGACGAAGUUGAUUCAGAGGAGUUUGCCUGCAUUGGCAAGCUCAACAAAUAUCUUCAUUCCGAUGCAGUCAAGGCUGAUGCAGACUAUCACUGGAAGACUUUGGAUGCCAUGAUCAGUGCAAUGCGAUCUGAUUCAGCAGAUGAAAGUGAUGUUCAAGAAGGCAAAAACUUUGUGACUGGCUCAGUCAAUCUCUUUUCAUGGCUGGAAAAGACAUCAGACCAAUUCGGAAAAUCAGUGAAAGCCGCCAUUGAGCAGACCAUGAGCAAAGUAGUGAUGCCUUGCGUGUCGAUACCAAAUGAACUCUUCAAGUAUGACAAGAUUGAUGAGCUAGUGAAACAUGUGGCGCUAGUCAAGGAGACAUUUCCUGACACUUUGAACACGCAGGUGAUGAACGAUACUAUGACAAUGGAGACGUGUUUGAAGGAGUUAAAGCAGUUUGCCAGCGCUCUCCAUCUUUCCACUACCGAUCUCAGCAACGGCCAGUUCGAGACUUUGGAAGCCAAUUGGAGAGCAUGCGUUGGUAGUGUGCAGCCUGAACUACAGCCUGAGUCAGUUGAACCAGCCACUGCCAGUGGAUAUGAAGCCAGUGGAGCUGCAGCCAACUCAGCCACAGAGCCAGAUCAGCCAGAUGUUGAUGCUCGCAGUGAAUCAACUGGCUCUCCUAUUGAUCCAGAAGAGGAGGCACAGAUCCUUCGAACAUUGGAUUGGGCUAUUUCACAACCAGUGGAAGCCACACCGCCUGACAACUCCAUUGAGCCUGAUGAGGCAUCGAUGCCAACUCCAGCACAGCCUGAGGCAACCAUGCCAACUCCAGCGGAGCCUGAUGUUGUCACAAAGGCCAAUGAUACCAUGGUUGAUGAGGAAACCAUACCAGCGGAGAUAGAGCCCAAUCAAACCAUGGCAGACGAGGAAACCAUGCCAACUCCAGCGGAGCCUGAUGCAACCACAGAGCCGAAUCAAACCAUGGCAGACGAGGAAACAAUGCCAACUCCAGCGGAGCCUGAUGCAACCGCACAGCCCAAUGAAACCAUGGCUGAUGAGGAAGCCAUGCCAACUCCAGCGGAGCCUGAGGCAACCACUGGAGAUGCAUCAACCCAGCCAGUCAAGAUAGAGCCCACUGACACCAUGGCUGAUGAGGACGCCAUUCCAGCUCCAGCAGAGCCUGAGGCAACUACUGCAGAUGUGUCAGCCCAGCAGCUGAAAUCGAAUUUGACGAUGGUGUUGGACUACUUGUCUGAGAUUGGCUUUGCUUGUCAUGCUACGAAGUUGAGGGCAAAUGAUUAUGGUUUGCCACAGCGCCGUUGCAGGUACUACAUCUUUGGUCUGCGGAUUGUGAGCAAUCUGUCUGAGCAUGCACGGCUCUUGGUGGAGAAGAUUCCAUUGCGACUGCAAGCUAUGUCAUCUACUGUUUGUGAGCCAGUAGAGACUUUCCUCCUGGAUGAUGAUAACGCUUUUGUCAUGUAUGAGUUGAAGCGACGUGUGGACGCAGAUGAAAAGAAGAGUCAAUCAUCCACUGCUUCUGAGAAGUGGGUUGACAGUCACAGUAGUAUGGCAGAGUCUAUGGGGGUUCAGUGGCCUUUGUCAGCUUCAGUGAAAUUGCAGUCGAGCAGCUGGUUUAAGACCUUACCACGUCGAGAACAGGAGGUGGUGCCAACAAUUCUACCUGGUCAAAAGCUAUGGAGUGUGCAGCGGAUGCGACCACUACUGGGUAGUUUGCUUGCAAUGCGCAAUGAACUUGUUGUUUAG